UUUUUGACCUUUCGGAAUUCCUCUCCCUCUCUCUAUAUAUACCCUUUCAAGUAGCCACUUCCUCCUCCACUCUCAACCUUCCUCAAAGUACAGAAUUCAAACCCUUCUCUUAUCUCGUUCUCUUUGCCUCUCUCCAAAAAAAACUCUUUCUUUAUCUGUCUCAACACACAUCUUCUUGUGCUUUUGGAAGUCGCAUAUAUAGAUAUAUAUAUAUAUCGGAUAUAGCUUUAUCCAUGGCGACCUCAUGCGAAGAAGUUUCUUCGGCUCUGAAACUCAUCAAGCUUCACUUGCUUGGCGAGGUCUCUCCUGUUGGGACCUUGUCUAAUAAUUUUGAGAUUGAUGUCUUGGGUUCUGAAUCUCGUUCUCAAUCCGACUCUCUAUGUUCCCAAGCUUCCAGUUCCGACUCUACCAUGGAAUUUGCCAACUUUUUAAGCUCCAACGACCCUUUCGACUUUACGUUCUGCCAAGGUCCAAGUGAUUUCUUCGAAUUCGAAGCGAAACCACACAUUUUGGACCUCACGACGCCUAAAUCCCACUAUGCAACCUCACAAUCCAGCAAUGAUUUCUUUCAGUUGGAAGCCAAACCGCAAAUAAUUGACGUCGCGGCCCCCAAUACCCGAACUUCGACCUCAUACUCCCAGUCGAAUAGCAAUUGUUUCGAAAUCGAAUCGAGACCGCAAAUGAAUCGUCCGAAACCCUCGCUGACGAUCUCGCUCCCCAGCAAAGGAACGACCGAGUGGAUCCAAUUCGGACAACCUACUCGCCAAUCGGAUCCGUCGCUGGCCGUUCAGGAAAAUGCAAGUUCGGAAGCGAGAAGGCACUACAGAGGCGUGCGACAGAGGCCGUGGGGAAAGUACGCCGCCGAAAUCCGAGACCCUAACCGGCGCGGCUCGCGCGUGUGGCUGGGGACCUUCGACACGGCUAUACAAGCGGCCAAGGCAUACGACCGAGCCGCUUUCAAACUCCGCGGCUCGAAAGCAAUCCUCAACUUCCCACUGGAGGCGGGGAAAUCCGAGACAGCCCCCGCUACCAGAGAGAGAAAACGACGUCGUGAGGAGGAGGAGAAGAAAGAGGUGGUGGUCGUGAAGAAGGAGAGGUGCACUGAUGCAUCGGACAGGGGCACGAGUUAUUUGCGGGAAAUACCGUUGACGCCGUCGAGUUGGACGGCGGUAUGGGACAGUGAACUUCAGGGUGUCUUUAACAUUCCGCCACUAUCACCGUUAUCUCCACAUCCACAGUUAGGAUAUCCACAGCUUAUGGUCGUAUGAGUCAGCAUUUGAAUCCUCCCCAAUGGCAACCGCUGCCUCUUCUCUCUGUGCGUUCGUUUUGUGAAUGUAUAUUUCGUAAUUUUUCUUCUUUUUUUGGUUUGAAAAUUAGAAGGUUUACUUGAUAAAUCAUAUUAAGCAUGAAA